CAUGCAAGUUCCGGGGACAAGCAGCCGAUCCGCGACAGUCGCUCGUUACCCAUCGACGGUGUCGCGCGCAGAAUACACCGUGUGUGCGUGCGUGUGUGUGUGUGUGUGUGCGUGUGUGUGUGUGCGCGUGUGUGUGUAAUGCGUGUGUGUACGAGUGUGUGACCGUCCGCGGCCGCUCGACGCUGGAUUCGAUAGUAUAAUAUCGUAACGACAUUGGCAGUUUUUAUUUUUUUUUUUUAAUAUACACACACACACACACUAAGUGACUUUGGGACACGCGUAAUACCUACAACAAUAAUAAUAUUGUUAUUAAACAUUCGUGAUAUGUAUUACGCAUAAGCGAUGCCUUUAUAAUAUACGUACGCACACGGUUAGGUGCACUCGCGAACUCAAUAACUUACACGUCUACUGCGGAGUGUUGACCGCGCGAGAACACCACCACGAUACAGCGUCAUCGCGUAUAUAGUAGGUGUAAGACGACGAUUAAAUCUGCAGCGGAAGAAGUCUUCGUCUCGAAUCGCGAGUCGCUGUCGCCGGAUCGGUUGAGCAUUCCAACGAUCGGUCACUAUACCUCGGCACAGGACUCGUUGACACGCACGGCCCGCGUCCAGUCGCGCGGCCGUCCAACGCACGCGUCCCGUCGCGUCAGUCCACAGAUCCCGUCGCGGCAACACCCGCAUCGCCGCCAACACCGGAACUACCGACUGGCCAUGGCCACAAGGUAACAGCGCGAGCACGCCGGCUGGAUACCACUCGUGUGGUACGCGACGACGAGACGUCGACCACGCCGUGGUAUUUGAUGUUUCCGGAUCGGACGGCCCCGGCUAGGUACAAUGCUUCCGGAAAGGCAGUGCUGUGCGCAGCUAUGCCCGGUACAGGCGACGACGAUGCCGCCGAAGACCGAGUGUCUGCAGGACCGCAAGUGGUGGUGCUUCCUGCUGUCCAGCGUGUUCACGUUUCUCGCUGGACUGCUCAUCGUGCUCCUGUGGCGGUUUUUCGCGUUCCUGUUCACGCGCAAGCAGCCUGCCGAGCUCGCGGCGCCCGGUUGUCCGAACAGCGAGCCCAAGAAAGAGCCAAAACGGCAGGGCAAACAAGAGUUCGAGGGCACAUUCAUGACAGAGGCCAAAGACUGGGCGGGCGAACUGAUAUCCGGACAAACCACUACCGGGCGGAUAUUGGUGGUGCUUGUGUUCAUUUUAAGUAUAGCAUCUCUAAUUAUAUAUUUUAUCGACGCCUCCAAUGAGGAGGUUGAACGAUGCCAAAAGUGGAGUCACAAUGUUACUCAACAAGUAGAUUUAGCGUUCAAUAUUUUUUUUAUGGUUUAUUAUUUUAUAAGAUUUAUAGCCGCCAGUGAUAAGUUAUGGUUUAUGUUAGAAAUGUACUCGUUUGUAGACUAUUUCACGAUUCCGCCGUCGUUUCUAUCUAUAUACUUGGGUCGAACUUGGAUCGGUCUGAGGUUCCUCCGAGCUCUGCGCCUAAUGACAGUGCCUGAUAUUUUGCAAUAUUUAAACAUUCUAAAAACGUCGAGUUCAAUUCGACUUGCUCAACUCGUGUCUAUUUUUAUAUCCGUGUGGUUGACCGCCGCCGGAAUCAUCCAUCUUCUGGAAAACUCGGGAGAUCCAUUCGAGUUCCAAAACCAACAACGGUUAUCAUACUGGACUUGUGUGUACUUUUUGAUUGUCACCAUGUCCACAGUUGGAUACGGAGAUGUGUUUUGCCAGACUAUUUUGGGCAGAACUUUUCUAGUAUUUUUCCUACUCGUUGGCCUCGCGAUUUUUGCGAGUUGUAUACCCGAGAUAAUUGACCUGAUCGGAACUAGACCAAAAUAUGGAGGAACCCUGAAGAAUGAACGUGGAAGGAGGCACAUCGUCGUUUGUGGACACAUCACUUACGAGUCAGUGUCGCAUUUUCUGAAAGAUUUUUUACAUGAAGACAGAGAGGACGUAGACGUGGAAGUGGUAUUCUUACACAGGAAGCCACCUGACCUGGAACUGGAAGGACUUUUCAAGCGACAUUUUACCACUGUCGAGUUCUUCCAAGGUUCUAUAAUGAACCCUAUUGAUUUGCAAAGGGUAAAGGUCCACGAGGCUGAUGCCUGUUUGGUGUUGGCAAACAAAUACUGCCAGGACCCGGACGCCGAAGACGCUGCGAACAUAAUGAGGGUCAUUUCUAUCAAAAAUUACUCGGACGAUAUAAGGGUCAUUAUACAACUCAUGCAGUAUCACAAUAAAGCGUAUUUACUUAACAUUCCGUCGUGGGACUGGAAACAAGGAGACGACGUGAUCUGCUUGGCGGAGUUGAAACUUGGUUUCAUUGCGCAGAGUUGUCUAGCACCAGGCUUUUCCACAAUGAUGGCGAAUUUGUUCGCCAUGAGGUCAUUCAAAACGAGUAGAGAUGUGAUAGAGCGUUUGAUACCGUGUAUAGUUCCUGUGAAGAGUGUGGAGUUUGGUGUAUUUCAGUCUCCAGAUACGCAAGCGUGGCAGAACGACUAUCUGCAAGGAACCGGCUGCGAGAUGUAUACGGAGACCUUAUCCCCGUCAUUCACCGGCAUGACGUUUCCGCAGGCCAGCGAGUUGUGCUUCACGAAGCUGAAACUUCUGUUGUUGGCAAUUGAAAUAAAAGGCGAAGACGGACGGGACAGCAAGAUAUCGAUAAACCCCAGAGGUUCCAAGAUACAGGCGAGCACGCAGGGGUUCUUCAUUGCUCAGUCAGCUGACGAAGUCAAAAGGGCUUGGUAUUACUGUAAGGCAUGUCAUGAAGAAAUUAGAGAUGAAACGUUGAUUAAGAAGUGCAAGUGCAAAAACUAUGUCGGUAUGAUUAUGAUGGAGACUGGAAUGUUGGCACAUAAUUAUAAUUUCGAGGUGGCGACAUUCCGGAAAGGCGUUCGCGCUAUACAAAUGGUCGGACGGGCAAACGAUCAUCCUCCCCCCACGGAAACUCCACCAACUCUUCCAAAGAGAGUACAUAAUAUCAGAGGUGACGUCGGAAAGGAAAAGGAAAUAACACUGUUGGGCAACAAAAAUACGCCAACGACAAUGCCUAAUUCGAUAAUGUCUGCGGCAAAACAAGUAAACAAAGUGAAACCAAUCAACCGUCCGGCAGAUAAAGGGUCGCCUAACCAAAAUUACAACCGAGCUCAACAAGAAGAAGGAAGCUACGCCGGAUAUCAACUCGCAUAUGAAGUUAAAAAAUUAUUACCGACGACUAGAGGAGGAUCGGCCGGCACAAACAUAAACAGCAACGGUAUUCAAAUCGGUAUCGCUGACGACCAAGCGAAAGACUUUGAUUUCGAAAAGACUGAAAUGAAGUACGACUCCACUGGUAUGUUUCAUUGGAGUUCGGCUAAAAGCCUUGAAGAAUGUAUUCUGGACAGGAACCAAGCCGCGAUGACCGUAUUGAAUGGCCAUGUCGUGGUGUGUCUGUUCGCUGACCCAGAUUCGCCGUUGAUUGGACUUAGAAAUUUAGUUAUGCCUCUACGGGCAUCAAAUUUUCAUUACCACGAGCUAAAACACGUGGUGAUCGUCGGCGCCGUGGACUAUAUUCGCCGCGAGUGGAAAAUGCUACAAAAUUUACCGAAGAUUUCUGUGCUCAACGGAUCGCCACUGAGUCGAGCUGACUUACGAGCGGUUAAUGUAAAUUUGUGCGAUAUGUGUGUGAUAUUGUCAGCAAAAGUUCCUAGCAAUGACGACCCUACGUUGGCUGACAAAGAGGCCAUUUUAGCAUCGCUAAACAUCAAAGCAAUGACUUUUGAUGACACCAUUGGAGUGCUUACGCAAGAUGAGACUGCGGUGACCAAGCAGUUUGAUCCGGAUGGUCUGAAUUGUGCCGGUGGGCCCAUAGUGUUGCAAAGGCGAGGAUCAGUUUACGGUGCAAACGUUCCCAUGAUUACUGAACUGGUCAACGACAGCAACGUACAGUUUCUUGACCAAGACGACGACGACGACCCUGAUACAGAAUUGUACCUCACACAGCCGUUUGCGUGUGGUACAGCUUUUGCCGUCAGUGUCUUGGACUCGCUCAUGUCAACGACGUAUUUCAAUCAAAAUGCGUUGACGCUCAUUCGAUCGCUGAUUACCGGUGGAGCAACGCCUGAACUUGAACUUAUUUUGGCCGAAGGGGCUGGACUCCGUGGUGGCUAUAGCACCGACGAGAGUUUAGCCAACCGAGACCGGUGUCGGGUCGGUCAGAUCUCGCUGUAUGACGGGCCGCUGGCACAGUUCGGCGAGGCCGGCAAGUACGGCGACCUGUUCGUAUCCGCCCUCAAGUCAUACGGGAUGUUGUGCAUUGGUCUAUACAGGUACCGAUUCAGAGACAGGAGUUCGUCUUGCGAUGCGUCGUCAAAACGAUACGUCAUCACGAACCCACCAGAUGAUUUCUCACUGAUGCCCACGGAUCAGGUAUUUGUGCUGAUGCAGUUUGAUCCUGGGCUUGAAUACAAACCCACAAGUCGAAAUGGAGGACGCGCCAAAGAUGACAACUCCUGACUAUUGCUUUGUAGCGCUCUCACAGACGGUCCGUAUUCGUACAUCUAAAUCGCACGGGGCCGGGCUCGAUUUAACGGCAACCGCACACGACAAACACGAUCGCCACAACCAUCUCCACAACCACAACCAUAACCUCUAUGAACUCCGUCAAAUGUUGCAACACUACGACGAUUUCCUUCGAGUCGUCUUUAGUUUUCGUUAUCUGUAACAAACGCUGAUAUUUGUACUUUUCUUAAUCGAUAACGUUAUCAAUAACUCACCGGGAACCAUAGGUCUUACGGUUGUAUCAUUUGUUCACUCAUCAAUGUCAGAGUACGUUUGACGAUUAAUUUUUCUGAUACUAUUAUUUCUAUGGCAGACAUCAGUUAGGUACUCGUCGGCGUACGUGAUCGUUGAUCUAAAUUAUACAUACUACAAAAUAUCCACUCAGUCAAUAUGUUAGGAUUUCUCGUGUUCAUCUCUUACACUUUCGAGUAGUUAUAUUAACUUGUAAACACACACACACCUAUGCUAUGUAUAUGUUUGAAAUGGAUUGUUUAAAUUUUACGUACAACUUAGGAUUAAACCUACAACGUAAAAUUUUAUUGAUCUAUUAAAUUUAUACAAGUUCAUAUUGUAUGGUAAACGACUACAUAAGGUAUACUUAUAUGUGUGUUGUGUGUAUGUGUGUAUGGGUGUGUGUCCGUCGACCUGAAAAUCUUACGUGCAUGUACCGUUUGAAAGAUUAAUGGCUUGGAGAUUUCUUUGCGCUUUUUCGAAAAUCUAUAUUUUCUGAGGAAAAAAGACACAAUACAACUGUUACACUCGUUAGUAUUUUUCGUUUCUUUCAUCAAAACAAUUGUCAUGUACUAUCUAAACAUUCAUUUCGAUUGACAUCCCAGAUGGAAUCGUGUGUCAUUAUUAUCAUUAUCGUCCGAAUAUACAAUUUCACGUCCACUUUUUACAUACUUCAUCUCCGAUAUUUAUAAAAUACUUUUCUGCCGAUAUUUUUUACACUUUAUUCGAUCGUAUUGCCACAAUGUGCGCCACCCCAUUUUCGAGCCUUGCUGCUGCGAUUUAGACGACUAACGGACAACGUGUUAGCGCUACACCCAUCGGUAACUUUUUCUGUACAGUAUUAAAUUUCGUCAUGUAAUAGUUUACUUAAAUAACUACUUUAUUGUUCAUACCAUAAUUGUCUUGUAAUCGUAAAAUUUGAUUAAAAUAAUGUAUAUUAUGUAGGACAUCAAAAAUUAAAACUUAAAAGGAAUAUGUAUAACGCUUGUUGUACUCUAUAAUGUUUUAUUAUUAUGAAAAUUGUAGUUUAAAAUUAUAAUUGCCUA